AUGGCACCGAGUGACGGAGAGCCAUGGUCUACUCCGGAUAUAAUAUAUGUCGCGGCAGUUGGACCUGUGAUGUUAGCAGCUGCGUUUGAGUUGCUGCUUCUACUUGUUGCAUUCCUAUAUUGCCUUACAAAGGUUUAUCGAAAAGCGGACCGCUGGAGUAGCCGACUUCUUGCAGGGCUUAUGAUGAUCCUUCUCACACUACUGAGAGGCAUAUUCCUUCCCGUCAUGGUGGUAACUGUUCCCUUACCGAAUCAAAUCACGCGACAUUACCCUCCUCGGUUUGUUAAAUUCCUUCAGUGGCUUGCAUUUUGGACCUUCUCUGUGCUGCUUGUUGUGCCAUGGCUUUUUUGUGUCUACCAGCUAUUCACAAGCUCAAUCGGACGAUCGAAGAGAAUAAAGCAGAUCCUUGAGGACAACACUGCGCCAAAAAUUGUCAUCAUUAUGCCAAUAUAUAAAGAAAGUCCUGCAGUCUUGAUCAAGGCCAUUGACUCUGUGAUCGCAAGUGACUACCCGAAAUGCUGCAUCCACCUAUUUGUUUCAUACGAUGGGGGUUCUAUAGACGAAUCGUACCUCCAAGUCCUCCGCCACAUUGGCAUUUCAACUUCAGUGGAAACUUACCCACAAAGCAUAGACGUGAUAUACAACGGAGCUACUGUUACAGUAUCUCGCUUCAAGCACGGUGGUAAGCGAUAUUGCCAGAAGCAAACAUUCAAACUGGUAGACAAAGUGUACUUUGAGUACAACAAGUGCCAUGAUGACCUGUUUAUAUUGUUCAUAGACUCCGACUGUGUUCUACACCAGCUCUGUUUGCAGAACUUUAUGUACGACAUGGAGCUGAAGCCAGGAUGCAAGCGUAACAUGCUGGCAAUGACCGGCAUCAUCACGUCAACCACGGAGAAAAAUACCCUCCUGACUGUACUGCAAGACAUAGAAUAUAUUCAUGGGCAGCUUUUCGAGCGGACCGUCGAGUCGGGUUGCGGUGCUGUAACAUGCCUUCCUGGCGCAUUGACAAUGCUUCGAUUCUCCGCUUUUCGCAAGAUGGCCAAGUACUACUUUGCAGAUAAAGCUGAGCGAUGCGAGGAUAUCUUCGAUUACGCGAAGUGCCAUUUGGGCGAGGAUCGCUGGCUGACACACCUAUUCAUGAUCGGGGCGAGAGGGCGCUACCAGAUUCAACUGUGUACAGGCGCAUUUUGCAAAACAGAAGCAGUUCAGACAUUUCGCGGUCUCUUGAAACAACGACGACGAUGGUUCCUUGGCUUUAUUACCAAUGAGGCAUGCCUGCUGACAGAUUUCAGGCUGUGGAAGCGCUAUCCACUUCUGUGCAUCGUUCGUUUUAUGCACAAUACAAUGCGCACCACCUCUCUGCUCUUUCUCAUCCAGGUCACAGCGCUUAUAGCGACAUCAGGUAGGAUCAAGAAUAUACCGACCACGUUCAUUGCGAUAUCACUAGGGCUCAACUACUUGCUGAUGUUCUACCUCGGUAUCAAGCUCAGGAGACUGAAAGCCUGGCUAUAUCCGCUGAUGUUUAUCCUGAUUCCUUUCUUCAACUGGCUCUACAUGGUAUAUGGCAUUUUCACCGCGGGGCAGCGUACAUGGGGAGGCCCUAGGGCCGACGCAGCAAAAGCCGACGAACACACUACACCGGAGGAAGCCGUUGCACAGGCUAGAGCCCAAGGUGAUGAAUUCAACGUCAUGAGGAUCGGAGGGCGCUUCUCUGCUUCACCCGACCCCGAUAGUCACCAUGGGUCCGCUGUUGACGAAUUCGGGAUCCCUUUGGCCAUAAGCCUAACACCUCUACCGGGAGUCCCACGGAUCACUCUGCAUCCGCAUUGUUCAUCUGAAUCAGUGUUUACGUCGGAUUCUGAUUCAAACUCUCGUUGGCCCUGUGUCACCGAGCCGGACGGAGACUUCUGGACGUACACUUCAACCUCAUGUCGAGGCCGAGGAAUUGCAGCGACCUCGGCCGCGGCGUCUGAGACGGCUACCAAUUCGGACCAAGAUGCCAAGGGAUCCUGA